AAACAGAUUUUGGUCAUAACAAGAUGCGGAAAGGGCGCGCGUAACUGCCCAACAGCACUUCGCACAGGACCGAUCCCAAAACCCUGUAGAUCCACUCCAACAUGACCACCGCAUCUGGCGCAACCACACCCUCCACUCCCGCCACAAACACCACAGACUACAUGAACCAAUUCCGGUCACAAGCCGAGAAGGAACGCUUGCCAGAACAUGCACCAGACGGCGUGCAAAGAGUGGAACAAGGGACAAGAGACAUUGCGUUGCGAAACUGUUCACGGUUCUACGAAGUUGAAUCGGAUUACUAUGACUGGACUUUGGAACGACGAGCCGCCCGCCUCAAUGCGCCAAGCAUCGCACAUCUCUGUAAAACCAUCCUAUUCGAAAACACAAAGUGGAAACCGACAGGAGAUACAUUGGACCCGGUGAACUCGCAAUUUUACUGCGUUGUAGUCCAGUAUGUGGACAAGAUGAAUGCCCAAAAGCUCAUGAAUUUUGUGAGGGAUCUGGGAAACAAGGAAAUACCACGAAAGCAUUAUAAUAUGAGGGUGGCAUCUGAAGAGAAAAAUAUGGCGCUGACUGGAUACGAAACGGGAGGGGUAACACCGUUUGGCAUGAAGGCCAAUGUUCCGAUCAUCAUCACAAAAAACAUGACGAUGCUGGAGCCGCCAAUCCUGUACCUUGGUGCUGGCCAUCGAGAUUGGAAAAUCGCCCUCCCCAUAGAUGAUUUCAUUACGGCUACCAAAUGUUAUGUCGCUGAUCUAGAGGCGUCUCCAACAGCAUAGAAGUGGAAUGUACAUUGUAUUAUUAUUAUAUUAUCAUACUGGUAGAAGAACAGCAAGUUAGCAUAGUCUUGGAGGUUGAGCAGAUGUGAGGAUUUAUAACUAGCAUUUUAGAAUGGAUUGAUCGAAGUAAUAAGUUCCGCGCUCAAACUUUCAGGAAUUGCGCUACCACGUAGACGUUCAUCAAUGAGAAACAUUCCUAGAUUUCAAAACAACGAUUAAC